UCAAGAAAAACUUAUAUAUUUUAAUAAAAAAAAAAUCUAUCUUUUCAAAUAAUGUAUAAUCGAUCACUUGAGAGGAUCAGAUUCCAAAAUUGCCUCCAAUUGACUCAACGGACCCAUUGCUUUUUGUCUCAUUCAACAAGUCUUGGUUCAUUUUCUCGAUUUUCUAGUUCCACCGUUUAGGUACCAGGAAAAUUAAAGAAAGAAAAGAAACAAAUAAAAAGUGACACCUAAUUGAAAAAAAAAAAAACCCGAUUGUUUAUAUUUAAAAAAAUUAAAGCUGGUCCACGUGCUGGUCACAUGCCUGCUAUAGCCGUCUUCUUAACCGUGCACAAUGCAAAGGAAAUUGAGAGCCAGAGAGGAGAGAGAAGAAGAAGAGAAAUCACAAGAGAAAAAAAAUAAAAAUGGAAAAAAAGAACUUUUUUCCUUGAGAGAAAUCACAGAAAAAUUCCUCUUCUUCUUCUUUAUUGAAAUCAUCCUUUUCUUUCUCUCUCUCUCUCUCUAUAUAUAUAGAUAUCUCAUUUUCCCGCUUUCUUUCCCUUCCUUCAGUCGAUAAUCUUCUUGUUUUUAUUCCUUUUUAUUGGAAUUUUCCACGAAAAGUAUUCACAUUUUUGUUUUUCACUUUUAUUCACCAAUGUGGCUCAUCGAUCCAAUAAUUUCCGCCUUUUAUUUCUCCUAUUCUGAGCCGAUUCUGUCAUAAAAUUCUUUGAUUGUAAUUUUUAUUUUAAUUUUUAUUAAUUUUUGGUGAAUAAUCAAUAGAAUUGAUAAUGGAUCGUAUUGUCGGUGAAAAAUUCAAAAUGGGUCGAAAGAUCGGAGCUGGAUCUUUCGGCGAGCUUUUCCUCGGGGUCAAUAUCCAAACAGGGGAAGAAGUUGCUAUAAAGAUGGAACCUGUGCAGACCAAGCACCCUCAGCUUCACUACGAGUCAAAGUUGUACAUGCUUCUUCAAGGCGGAACGGGGGUUCCCCACCUAAAGUGGUUUGGAGUUGAGGGUGACUACAGUAUUAUGGUUAUUGAGCUUCUAGGGCCUAGCCUCGAGGACUUGUUCAACUACUGCAAUAGAAAGCUUUCUUUGAAGACGGUGUUAAUGCUCGCAGAUCAGUUAAUUAACAGAGUUGAAUAUAUGCACUCAAGGGGAUUUCUUCACCGUGAUAUCAAACCUGACAACUUUCUAAUGGGUUUGGGACGAAAAGCAAAUCAGGUGUAUAUCAUCGAUUAUGGCCUUGCUAAAAAGUAUAGGGAUCUUCAAACUCAUAAACACAUACCUUAUAGAGAGAACAAGAAUCUUACAGGCACUGCUCGAUAUGCAAGUGUAAACACUCACCUUGGAGUUGAACAAAGCCGAAGAGACGAUUUGGAAUCAAUUGGUUUUGUGCUCAUGUAUUUCUUACGAGGAAGCCUUCCCUGGCAGGGCCUAAAAGCAGGGACCAAAAAACAGAAGUAUGAUAAAAUCAGUGAAAAGAAGAUGCUAACUCCUGUUGAGGUACUCUGCAAGUCAUAUCCAUCAGAGUUCAUAUCAUACUUCCAUUAUUGUCGUUCAUUACGCUUCCAAGACAAGCCAGAUUAUUCAUACUUGAAGAGGCUUUUCCGUGACUUAUUUAUUCGAGAAGGAUAUCAGUUUGACUAUGUUUUUGACUGGACCAUACUCAAGUAUCCCCAGCUCACUGGUAGCUCUAGACAACGGCUGUCAAGUGGAAAAGCUGCUUUAAAUGCUGGAGCAUCUGCUGAAAGAACAGAGAAGCCAUCAGUGGAACAAGAAAUUCGAGAUAGAUUUUCAGGUGCUGUUGAGAUAUUUACUAGGAAAAAUGCUUCAGGCAAUGGACAUCUCAGCGAUCGGUCCAAGCAGAAGAUAUCAGAGAAGGCAUCACCAUCAAAGGAUGUGGAUAAUGAUUCUGGAAGGGGGCGAACUUCUUCCGCCCGCCCUAGCAGCUUGUCCAAGAGGGCUGUUGCCUCGAGCAGCAGGCCAACCUCUUCUGUGGGGCCUAGUGAUAGUCGAUCAAGUUGGCUUCUUUCAGGUAGUAGUCGCCUCUCAGCAAGCCAGAGACUUCAUUCUGGGUCCGAGCAGAGAUCAUCUCUCUCCCGAGCUACAACCUCCAAAGGUUUCCAUGAAGAUCAUCAGAAUCAGAGCUCAGAGCACCAUUCAAGGGUCACAGAUAAGAGGAAGGGAUGAAUGUUCCAUUCGCAAAAUUCCACAUUUUUCGAUGGAAGUUCAUAUAUGCUAUGUUGUUGUAGAGUCAUGAAGAGAAGGAUACUAAGAUUUGGGAUCCAGGGCCUUUUUUAUUUUUCUUUAGAAGAAAAAGGGUCCUCCCAAUUUGUUAAUAUUUAUUCGAGGUAAAGCUGUAAUGGCAGAUUGCUCCUGAUCUAUGUUCAUACUUGUCUAAACAGAUUUAUUCCUUCUCAUUCUUUGAAUUAGUUGCUUCUAUGAUGCAAUCUGCAAAUGUAAUUUGAUUUUCUCCUACAGCUUUCCUUUCAUUUCUCAGUUUCUUUAAUUUUAAGAACAAAGGAAUUGAUGCAAAGAUGGGUUAAAUGCCGUUAAAGAAAGUGGCAUUGAAUUAAAAAAAUAAAUAAAA